AUCGUAAUUGGAACUUUUUCGGCUUUCUACGGAACCAAGAUAAUGUCACCUCAAUGGAUCCGACUUCUGGCAGCCCAGCUGCUAGAACGAUGACGGUCAACAACACAGCGACCUUGAACUGUUCUUUGGGAGAUUCCAGUCAUUUGAUCUGCUUUACGAUGUACUGCGAGAAAACCACGCAGUCGAAGCCCGGGGGACGCGAAAAUUUUAGGGCCGUUGCCUCGAGCCUUUAUUACGACAAUGCGUCGCUCAAUUCCACUUGGUAUACGGAAGGCAGUGCUUGGGACUGCUAUAAGGUACGGCGCAAGGCAUAA